UGAGCUACAUCCUGGAUGUUUAUUUGGCAUAAAUUAGAUGCUGUCCUUGCCCCAAAAGCAGGUCAUAUACACUGUCCAACACCGUUCGGCCUCUGCUGGUUUGAGACUCUGUCCCUCGGUUGGCUUUGGAUAACUGUUGGGCAUGUCACCGCUGUGUCCCCAGGACUGGAGCAGUGCCUGGCACGUAGUAGGAAGAUUGUCGAUCGAAUCGACAGUGACGGCGAUGGCUUUGUCACCACCGAGGAGCUAAAAACCUGGAUCAAACGGGUGCAGAAAAGAUACAUCUACGAUAAUGUCGCUAAAGUCUGGAAGGAUUAUGAUCGGGACAAAGACGAUAAAAUUUCCUGGGAAGAGUACAAACAAGCCACGUAUGGUUACUACCUAGGAAACCCCACAGAGUUUCAUGAUACUUCAGAACAUCAGACCUUUAAAAAGAUGCUGCCACGUGAUGAGAGAAGGUUCAAGGCCGCAGACCUGGACGAUGACCAGACAGCCACCCGGGAGGAGUUCACUGCCUUUCUGCACCCUGAGGAGUUUGAGCACAUGAAGGAAAUCGUGGUUUUGGAAACUCUGGAGGACAUCGACAAGAACGGGGAUGGCUUUGUGGAUCAGGAUGAGUACAUCGCCGAUAUGUUUUCCCACGAGGAGAACAGCCCUGAGCCAGACUGGGUUCUGUCAGAACGGGAGCAGUUUAAUGAAUUCCGGGAUCUGAACAAGGACGGGAAGCUGGACAAAGAUGAGAUUCGCCACUGGAUCCUCCCCCAAGACUAUGACCACGCGCAGGCCGAGGCCAGGCACCUGGUGUAUGAGUCGGACAAAAACAAGGAUGAAAAGCUCACUAAAGAGGAGAUCUUGGACAACUGGAACAUGUUUGUUGGAAGCCAAGCCACCAAUUACGGGGAAGAUCUCACAAAAAACCAUGAUGAACUUUGAUGCACGCACACCCUGAUAGGACAGACUGUCACAGGCUUUCUUUAUUGUCUUGGAUGGUUGCUACAGUUGUCUCAUUUACAGCAAUUGUGUCCCCCCCAAAAGCAAGUUUACCACCUCAGCUUGGGGUUACGAUUGUUUUUCACUCACUGUUUGCUGGAAAAUGGUCAUCGCUAUUCUUUUAGUAAGAUUUCUCUCCAGACACGUUAAAAUCUUGGUAAAUCACACUCUAGGGGGAUACAUUGCUAAAACAUGACUUUUUAAAGUGUUUUCCAUGAAAUCUGAACUAAAGGGGAAUAUAAUUUGAAAAAGCCCUAUUAUUCAGAAGUUGGGUGGGUGGAGAGGGGGCAGCAUAUGGAGUGACGGCUAUGUAUUUUAACUGCAGAUUUUUUACAUUUGCCGCUGUUAAAUAAUUGACGAGGGAGAAUUCUUAUUAAGCUACAGUUGGUAUCUCAUCCUACACAGGCUUCUUUCAGAGCAAGGCUAUUUCAGAUUCUUCCUUCUUGACUUUGUCCUCUGAGCUGUCACUGUAAAUGGUAGAUAAACCUCUAUGCAUUUUUCUGUACCGACCUGCUAAUAUGCACAACAGAUCUACCUAUCUUUGUUUUUUGUUUUUGUUUUUUGCAAUAAGAAGCAAUUAAGAAAGGUAAUGUGAAAAAGAAAGGAAUUUUAAAGGUAGGGAGGUGUGAUGCGUGUCAGGCAUUUGAAGAACUAUAGGAAAAUGAUAAAUGCUUUAUUAUACUUGAGAACUUUUUUUGAUGUGGAAAUGAAAUAGAUCUGAUCUUUGAAAAAGUGAAUAGAAAUCCAAUCCAUCUCCUCUCUGAUCUCUGAUAGGAAUGAGGGUGUGGGGUCCUAGGAGCUCGGGGACCCGUCUCAUCUGGUCCUCUUGAAUCUGCAACUCUCGGAUCUGGCCUGGGACCACUUAACACCGUGGACUUAGGACAAAGUGAUGUUCCAAGCCAUUGGCUGAACUGGAAGAAAUGACUUUUACAGGUUGCAAAUCCACCUUAUACAUAGAAAGUGAAUGAAAUAAAGGCUCCCUCUGAGGAUUUUCUAC